AUGGCCAGCUCCCAGCGCCGAGGCCCAACCACAAAGACCCCAGCCGUCGUCGGCCUCACAGCUCUUCGGAACUGUCUCGUCAACCUUCCUUCCGGCCUGGUAUCGGUGCUUGUGUCUUCGAAUACGCCCGCGCAAAACGUCGUCGUCGAGCUUUCAUGGCGUGUCAAGGCCCCUCCACAGGCCGGUCCCCUCACUGGGCCGGCGACGAUUACCCGGCAGGCUUUUGCAGGAUGGACAGGCAUGCCGAGUAAGAGGCAGCCGCUGCAACCUCAGGGAGCCGGGUCUUUCCCAGGAUCUCAAAGGAGUAAUUCGUUGGAAGGAUGCGUCGAGAUUGACUCUGCUUUCGCCAGGAAUGUUGGAUUGACUGAGGGCAGUAAGGUUAAUAUCCUUCUCCAUGUUGACCCACCCACAACCCAUACAAUACAUAUCGAGCCAUUGACGGCUUCUGAUUGGGAAAUUAUCGAAUUACACGCGACCUUCUUGGAGCUUAAUCUACUCUCCCAGAUCAGAGCAAUCACUUUCGCCCACCCCCUUACCGUAUACCUCUCACCAACGUCGACGGCAUCGAUCAAAGUUGCCAGAAUUGAACCCGAAGAUGCUGCUUCGGCCUUUGGAUUCGCAAAAAUAGCACCUAAUGCGGAAGUCAUUGUGGCCCCGAAGACUCGUCAAAGGCGUAUGAGCCAUCAAGGAAAGAGUGUAAAAGCGAAAUCACUAGCAUCCACACGGCAUGGGAAGCGACGAGAUGACGGUUCUGGGCCUUCUGGUGGCGGCCCUGUAUUCUUCAGAGCUAUCAGUCUGCCCCACGAAUCAUUCGAUGCAGCUGAGGAACAAAAAGGCGCAUACUGCGUCUAUUUAGACCCAGAAGUCCUGGCUAUUCCAGCAUUGAGGGGAUGCGCAUUCGUUGGUGUAGUCGUCGUAAGACCGCCAGGUCUGGCUCCGCCACCGGAUGCCAAUCAGGCAAACAACGAUGUAGGAGGCUCGACCUCCCCAGACGCUCCUGAAGUCAUCAAACCGAGCUUGAAGAUAGUCGCCAAAUUGCUGCCUUGGAAAAAUGCUCCCGACCUCAAGCAUAUCGCUAUUUCCAACCUUCUGGCCGAUGCCUUGGAUAUCAAGAAUGUUGUUGGUUGUGUUAUUCGCAUUGAGGCAGCCCACCAGCAGCUCCCCAAAGGCUCAACAACGAAGGUCAUAAUUCGUCCGUAUUCUGCUGGUACCCUAUCUUCCUCAGCAGCUUCCGAACAAUCUUCGUUGAGGUGGAGUGGUAAGGAUUGGAAGAGCGAUCUGGCUGUUAGGAGAGUCAAGGAAGUGCUAUCACAAAAAACAGUAUGGGGAGAGGACAUUCUCGGCGGCCCCCUUAGUGACCGAUUAGUUCUCCCUGCUAUUCCGGACUCGCCACUAUUCGCAGGUGGUAUCUUGCUUCUUGAUGGGUCCGAAGUUAAACAUGGCUGGAUCCUAGGAGGCGAUCGGAAAUACAUCCUCGAACUUGGCUCAGAGAUCACAACUUCCCGCCCACAUGUUCCUCUCUCAAUAUCCGAAACUGCACUACCAGUGUUGCCACCAGGUAGAAUUGUCGGCGUGGAUAAAGCUAUAAACACGGCAUCGAAUAUCCUCACUCGAUCCGCCUCGGUAUUGCUAACUGGCGCACGAGGAUCAGGCAAAACCAGCUUGGUUAGCGUUAUCACAAGUAUUUUAAAGAAGAAGCACUUCUUCCAUGUUCUUCCAAUUUCCUGUGCCAAAUUCGCCGAUGAACGGCUUCAAACUAUCAAAGACACAUUCUCUAGGGCAAUUGCGGAAGCGAAAUGGUUUUCUCCUACAGUCAUUGUAUUUGACGACCUCGAUCGGUUAAUUCCAGCGGAGGUAGAGCACGCAGAUUCUACCAGGAGCAGGUACAUAGCAGAGGCCUUCGGGAAAGCGAUUCGAGAUCUCAAAUCUAGCGUUCUCGGGCCAGGGAAUGUUGUCAUUCUAGCCACCGUACAAGCUAAAGAGAGUGUUAACAGUUUAAUUGUUGGCGGUCAUAUUUUCCGUGAAAUAAUAACACUGAAAGCACCAAACAAGGCAGGGAGAAGACAGGUGUUAGAACAAGCCGUUGGAGGCCUCUCAGACGAGAAAUCAUCUCCUGAUACAAGCUCUAUACGUGUCAAGAACCCAGCCGCCCUAACUAAUGGGCCUGAGCCAACGCUAAAAAUUGAAAAGGGGUUGGAGCUGUUGGAUAUUGCGGGAAUGACUGAUGGCUACAUGCCCGCUGAUCUCCAGCUCCUCGUUGGCCGCGCUAGGCAUGAAGCCAUCGUUCGAGCGGUGGAAAGCGGUAGUGAUGAUGCCGAGGCAGACCUCGUCCUCGGGAAGAAGGAUUUCGAUAAAGCAAUCAAAGGAUUUGUUCCAGCUGGACUUCGUGGCGUCAAGCUCCAGACGAGCGGUGCAGCUUGGAAAGAUAUUGGAGGCCUCACGGAAACUCGUAAAAUCUUGCUCGAAACCCUCGAAUGGCCAACUCGCUAUGCCCCAAUCUUCGCCAACUGUCCCCUCCGUCUCCGAUCCGGUCUUCUUCUCUACGGAUAUCCAGGAUGCGGGAAAACUCUGCUCGCCUCCGCUGUGGCCGGUGAAUGUGGCCUUAAUUUCAUCAGUGUCAAGGGUCCCGAGAUUCUUAACAAGUAUAUCGGUGCAUCCGAGAAGUCAGUGCGAGACCUCUUCGAGCGUGCUUCCGCCGCUAAACCAUGUGUGCUCUUUUUCGACGAAUUCGAUUCUAUUGCUCCCAAGAGAGGACACGAUUCUACCGGUGUGACCGAUCGAGUCGUGAAUCAGAUGUUGACACAAAUGGACGGUGCCGAAGGGUUAGACGGUGUCUAUGUUCUUGCGGCUACCUCAAGACCCGACUUGAUCGACCCCGCUUUACUACGUCCUGGACGUUUGGAUAAGAGUUUACUCUGCGAUCUUCCUAAUCUAGAAGACCGAGUGGAUAUUCUUCGAGCAUUAAGUUUGAAAUUGAAAAUCGAAGAGAGCAUCGGACUAGAAGACAUUGCAAAUCUAACAGAAGGGUACAGCGGGGCUGAUUUACAGGCGGUAUUGUACAAUGCACAUCUCGAGGCUAUCCAUGAUGUCAUCGCCAGCCAGGAUGAAGAGGUAGAGAGGUUUGGAAACGGUGGUAAGGGUAAAGGCAAAGUUGACGCCGGGUCUGGAAACGACUCAAUCGAUUACAUAUCCUUCUCAAUGGGGAACAAGGAUUCCACAGGAGAACCAUCUACCCAACCGUUAACAAACGGAACCCAAGCUGCCAGAACAAAAUUUGCGGAACGGGCAGCGGUGAUGGCCAAAUUGGAUAAAUUGAAGAAAAUCGUUCAAGGAGAUGCAGCAAAGCAGGUCCAGCAGCAACAAUCACAGACAAAUCAAGCUCAGGAAGAGGAGAAAGGGGAUGAUGAACCCGUCAUUAAUUGGAAACAUUUACAGAGUUCGUUGAAGAGUACUAGACCCAGUAUUGCACCUGAUGAGAGGAAGAGGUUGUUUAGAAUUUACAACGAGUUUAUUGUUGGAAGGAGCGGGGAGAUGCCGAGCGGGCAGAGCAGUACAGAGAUCGGAGGGAGGAGUAGUUUGAUGUAA